GGCCGCCAGGUGGCGCAUGUAGGCUGCAUUGUAAUUAGCGGAGAUUGGCAGCCUAAUCAACUGUGUUGAUUUGCAGGUGGCUGUCGGCUGCUGGCCGGGCUCGCAGGAGUUCUGCUUCAUCGAUUUGCCCUGAGAAAACCCCGGCCCAGUGGAUAAUAUCAUGAUUAACUGGACUGUGGACAUUUUUGAAAGGUCAACUGUGACCGUGGAAAGAAGGGACACGUGUUAAACGACUGCGGAAAAGCUUCAUUCCUUCCCAGAGAGAGAGAGACGCAGAAGGUACAUGUGCAGCAGAGAAGAAGAGAGCAGUUCAGGGCACGAGCCAACGGCGCACACACCCACCACUACAGAACGAGACUGCAUUAUUCAACGGAUCCUCUUCUCUACACUCGUCUGGGCCAGUGACUCACCCCCUCCACACCUCUUCCUGAGCCAUUAUUACCAUGGAAACCCCGAGCCAGAAACGCAUCAGCCGCGGUGCCGCCGCCGUCUCCCCGGCCCGCAUCACCAGGCUCCAGGAGAAGGAGGACCUCUGCAACCUCAAUGACCGGCUGGCUGUGUACAUCGACAAGGUGCGCUCGCUGGAGGCGGAGAAUGCCGGGCUUCGACUGCGCAUCACCGAGUCCGAGUCCUCCGUCAGCCGCGAUUUGUCGGGCAUGAAGGCGGCCUACGAGGCGGAGCUGGCCGACGCCCGCAAGACCCUGGACCAGGUGGCCAAGGAGCGAGCGCGCCUGCAGCUGGAGCUGAGCAAGAUCAGGGAGGAGCACAAGGAGCUCAAAGCCAGGAACACUAAGAAGGAGUCUGACCUGGAGGCGGCUCUGGCUCGGCUCAGGGACCUGGAGGCCCUGCUGAACUCCAAAGACGCUUCCCUCUCCACUGCCCUGGGCGAGAAGCGAGGCCUGGAGGCUGAGGUGAAGGACCUCAAGGCCCAGCUGGCCAAGUUGGAUGUUAACUUGGCUGAUGCCAAGAGGCAGCUGCAGGAUGAGAUGCUGAGGAGAGUGGAUGCUGAGAACCGCCUGCAGACCCUGAAGGAGGAACUGGAGUUCCAGAAGAACAUCUUCAACGAGGAGUUGAGGGAGUCCAAGCGUCGGCAUGAGUCUCGCAUGGUGGAGAUCGACAGCGGGCGGCAGCUGGACUUUGAGAGCAAGCUGGCCGAGGCCCUGGCCGAGCUGAGAGCCCAACAGGAGGAUCAGUUCCGCCUGUACAAGGAGGAGGUCGAGAAGACCUACAACUCUAAGUUGGAGAACGCCCGUCAGUCAGCUGACAGGAACAGCCACUUGAUGGGAGCUGCCCACGAAGAGCUGCAGCAGACCCGCAUUCGACUGGAGAGCAUGUCGGGCCAGCUCAGCAUGCUGCAGAAACAGCUGUCAGCGAGCGAGGCCAAGGUGCGCGAGCUUGAGGAGACCCUGGCGAGGGAGAGGGACCUGAUGCGGCGGCGGCUGGAGGAUAAAGAGCAGGAGAUGGCUGAGAUCCGAGCUCGGAUGCUGCAGCAGCUGGAGGAGUACCAGGAGCUGCUGGACAUCAAACUGGCCCUGGACAUGGAGAUUAAUGCUUACAGGAAGCUGCUGGAGGGAGAGGAGGAGAGGCUGCGUCUGUCACCCAGCCCUCCGCCCACCAAGGUCACAGUGACACGGACCUCCGCCUCAGGCCACGGCCACACCAGCCGCCUGCUCCAGUCCGCCGCCACCGCCUCCAGCAGCCGCAACUCGUCCGGCACGGGCAUCACCAAGAAGCGCCGCCUCAAUGACAAUGACAGCGAGACCUCCAGCAUGGCGGGGGGCUCCGUGACCAAGACUCGCAUUAGUCAGCACGCCUCAGCCAGCGGGCGCAUCACGGUGGACGAGGUUGACCUGGAGGGCAAGUUCGUCCGUCUCAGCAACAAGGCCGACGAGGACCAAUCUCUGGGCAACUGGCAGGUGAAGAGACAAGUAGGCAGUGGCACCCCCAUCACCUACAAGUUUCCCCACAAGUUCACUCUGAAGGCUGGUGGAACAGUCACUAUCUGGGCUGCCUCUGGCAAUGCAACCCACAACCCCCCCACUGACCUGGUGUGGAAGAACCAGAACUCCUGGGGCACCGGCGACCUCCUGCAGACCACCCUCAUCAGCGCCAACGGAGAGGAAAUGGCCAUGAGGAAAGUGACGCGCACCCUCUUCCAUGAUGAUGAAGAUGAUGACAUGGGAGCUCACAGCACGAGCGGCGCAGACAACGAGUACAACCUGAGGAGCCGCACGGUGAUCUGCGACUCCUGCGGGCAGACGUCGGACCGCGGCACAGGUGUGUGCAGCAGCGGGGGUCUACCUGAAGGCCUCGUGGGACAUUCCUUUUUCAUGGGCACCAACGAACCCAGACAGGGCCGCGUCAAGCCGGAGAACUGCUCCAUCAUGUAGAACCCAGACUGCGCCUCAGCCCCUGUAGCCCACAGAGGAGAAACACUUUCUGAUGCUGGGAUGUUUGACUUUAUAUUUUUUUUUUUUAUAUGCCCUCGUCUUAUUUUGUAUUCUGAUUAAUUUGCAGGUUAAAAUUUGCUCUGAGGUUUUUGGCAGAGAUCACAGGAUUCUUAUAGUCAGCAUCUGAGUUUGAAUUUUUUGUCUGUUUUUUUUUUAUAUUCAAGUUAUGUUACUGCAUGUGUGCUGUGCUAAUGCUUGUACUGUAUCCUGCUCUUCUUGCACAUUCAUUCACACACACACACACACACACACACACACACACAGCUCCUUUGACCAGUGCUUGUGCUUCGAUCCGGGGUUUCACAUUUAAUGGCCAGGCUGUCAACACUGAACACGCACACUUAGUGAACCCUGUCAGCAGUCGGUCUCUGCAGCCCGUACAGACGGCAGGAGGACGAACCCGCGGGGUUCGCUUGUCACGUUUGUCGCCCAUCGAGUAGAUCAAAAUCUUUACUGAAGACGUUAACCGUGAUGUUUACAACUCAGAUUUAUACUCCUCGUAUUUGUAAAGUAUUGUGCUAUCUUUAUAUAGGCUGCAGAGGAAAUUAGAGUAAAUAUAAAAUAGAUAGACGUUAAGUGUUUUUUGUGAACUAUUGGAAAAGAAAAAAAAAUAGCCAAAAGUACUAAUAAGCUCAGGGUGUUCAGCAGGUUCUUUGGCUUUAGACAAACAUGUCGCAGCACAUUUUCUACAGUUUGUGGAUAUUACGUUGGGCAGCUGCGGUGCACACAGAGAAAAUAAUUAUUUGAGAUGAAUAUAUACAUAUAUUUUCAUUUUUCUGCAAUCGACAGCUCGACCCUGGAGAAACGUAUUUGGUUAUGUUUUUGAACUUGUGUUGGAAUGAGGAAUUAUUGUGUGCUGAUACCCAGUUAAUCAGGUGUAUUUCAGUUUGACCUGCAUUUGGAUGUGUUUUUUUGUUUUGAAAAAAAGAAAGAAAUUCUGAAGUUUUGUUAUUAUGACAUGAAAAUGCGGUCUUUUUUUGUUUUUGUUUAUUUACCUGCGGAAAUAUCAGGAAUAGGUACUACGUUUAGGGUCUUUAUGGACAUAUUUAGUGUCACAUAUACAGUAUAUAUUUAUAGGAAUUUUCAGCUUUUUCACUCAAAUGAACACUAUGACUCUUCUAACAGAGAGAUGUUGCUGCUGUUGACAGGGUGCAGCAGUAGUUUUUGGAAGCAUUUUAACAAGCAUUUUUUUACAGAUACAAAUGUGCUUUUAGUGGACAUAAACAAUGGUGAACAGUUGCUGUUCUUUGCACACCUGCCUCGUAUCGCAGUCUUGUGACUGUCAGCUGUCCUUUGUGUUGCUCCUGAGAACUGGUCAUAAGGGCUCCCCCAACCCCUGACUUUUCCUCUAAGCUUAGUGGCUUUGAAUCCCCGGCGUGGUUUUGGAGUCUGAGUAGGAUCGUGGGGUUUUGUAUACUUAGUGACUUGUGGCUUCAUGCGCUGCUUUUAUUGAGGGCUUUGCCAAAUAUGCACAGCAGGUAGAUUUUUACUGUAGUCUGGCAGCUUAACUCAGUUAUUCUCCACUCAAAAAAUAUAUCAAAGCAUUUAUGGAUAAUACUUGAUAGCUUUGUUUUUCUGUUAUACUUAAUAGAUGCUAUUUGUAUUCUUCUUUUUUUGCCUUAAGCAGCUUGUCUGAUUUUGACACUAUGAUUCCCGAAGUGCCUGAAAUAAAAGACUAUGACAAUCAUUAAAGACAUGGCCAGCUCCAAAGAUGUUUAGUAUUUGGCCUCUAUGAUUCAGAUUCACAACGCCUGGCAUUUAUCUCAUAUGCACCUUAAAUUUAUGAGACACAGUUACUGUAUGUAAUUACAUAGUUUAUGCAAAUGUUAACCAAAUCAACCCCGAGUGCGGAUCAGUUUUAGGGUGUGGUCAGGCUAUUCGGAGGCCUGUCUGUCUUGAUUGUAAACCAGAAAGAAACUUCUUCCUGUACAACACUUCCUCUUGUUUCCAGGGUUUUGUUCAGCGUUUGUGUGCAGUGUUAGUUCAAGUUAAUGAAGAACCAAGAUGAUAGAAAAUCAGGUUCAAACCACACACGUGCUCUAUGUGACAAAACUUCCCUGAAAGUCUUGAAACAGAGUCCUCGUGGAUCAUUUGAAUUAAAAUGUUAUACAAAGGGAUUUCUUAUUGUAAGCCUUUCAUGCCAAAGUUGUAAUUUGCUUGGGAUUUGUGUUAUUUCUGUCAAAACGAUGCUGUUAUUGUAACGUUAUGGACGGAUCAUUUGAUAAAAUGAUUUUUUUCUUUUCUAAAA